AUGGAGUCCCAGAUUAAAGAAGUUUCUUUUGCAACAUUCAAGUCUAAAUAUUUCAAUAAAUUAAACAAGCCCCAGUGAUUUCCACCCUGAAUAGGAGAGAUAUGUGGGGGAUGGACUCAAGAAACAUUCAAGCAAGUUAUUGUGAAGCUGACUAAAUAAUGGGAAAGCUCCCAUUCAACUAUGGCUCAGCUCUCCUGAUGAAAUCGAGCCCAUAUCUAAGAAGAUCUAUGUCAGACAACAAGUCUUUGAUAUUUUUGAUAAUAUUGGCUGCGGGAGGAUCGAUACAAUGGACCUCAUCAGCGUCCUCCAGCUGGCAAGUAACAGCAAGGUUGAACUCACUGUUCUCAACUUUAUGAAAAUAUUUGGAUUUGUACAGAAAAUAUUCACAAAAGAUGAAUUCCACUUCUACCUAGAUUCGUUGUUUAGUGGAAUAAUGGCAUCAGGAAUACUCAACGGAGAUAGAAACCCCCAUCCAGAUUUUAGAGGAGCUCGAGUCUUGUCAGAGGACAUUGAGUCUUUGGUAUUAGACAUUUUCGAAGGUGAAGAAAUUUUGGAAAGAGAUCUAUUUUCAAAGCGCUUCUUGGAACAUUCAGAGCUAGGCCCGAUGUUUAUAUACUUCCAGGGAUGUUACACGGCUUGAUCAAAAUAUUUAAAACAAAAAGCAAUGGAGCUUAUUCACUUGAAUACUGCUAUCAGAAUAUGGGUAUACGAAUGGGUCAAAGCAGCUGUUGUUCAAUCUGAAGGAGAAGCUUAA